AUGAAUCUUGAAGCUGGUGCAGAGGUGCAGGUCCUCUUCAGCGCCAUCAAACCGGUUCAAACUGAAAGGCGACAACAUCGUUUCAUGGAUCUGGUCUUUGUGAAGAUCCCCAGCUCCGUGAAGUUGGGCUUUGCUGGCAUUGCGUGCAAUGCCUUCGAAGACUGCAUUUGGUUGACAUUGCGCACCGGGAAUCCUCAAGAGCCUCUCAUGAAGAAGCCUGGUAAGGUGCCGAAAGCAGCGAAGGCCAAGAAGAAAGACCAGAAAGGUGCAGAUCAGACUGAUCAGACGGAGGCACCCGAGGGUGAGGCGAUCAAGCAGGAGCAGAGGCCUACUUCAGCACCUGCUGCAGCUGCGGUGGUUGCAGCUGAGGUGCCAAAGGUGAAGCCCAUCCGCUUGCUCUUGAAAUGCGCCAGCAGUUCAGGCGGGCAACAGGACGGACCUCCAGCGACCAGUUCUGAGGCCUUUGUGGUGGGAGUGGCAGCAACCCGGAUGGAUGUCGUGGACCUCAACGAGUCGAGGCCGCAGCCUUCGGAGCGGCCGAAGUGGAAGAAGCUCUUGCAGAGAGGCAAGGGCGGUCAAAGGUUGGAUGUCCAGCGCUCAGAGGAUCAAGAUCAGGUUUCCACCUCCGCCCAGCGCCAGCCUCAGCGCGGGUGUUUCUGGGAGUCGGCUUGGUAUCAGAGCACCGCAGACAAGGCGGGAGAGGCACAGGGGCAUGGUGUGGCCGCCCUGCCAGAAGGCAAGAGAAAAACUCCAGAAGAAGAUGGCCAACAGCCUGUGCAGAGCAAGGCCGAGAAGGGAUGUUGA